AUGGGGACCCUAACACCAGUCGAGAAGAUCAUUAUCGUGGGUGCUGGUCCUUCUGGAUUGCUGCUGGGUAUCCUUCUUGCCGAAGAAGGAAUCAAAGUGCAGAUCUUGGAGGCAUCAAUUGGUCUGGACAAAAAUCCGCGGGCGGCCCAUUAUGCACCGUCCGCGGUUUAUGAACGGGCUGGUGUGCUGGAGGAAGUAAAGGCGAAAGGCAUUCAUCCUGAUGCGGUCUGCCAGCGCCAUCCUAAUGGGACUUUCAUCGCAGGGAUUCGAAGCCGCUGGACAUCGAAUAUCCCAUGGUCUGUCUUCCUCUGGAUCAACUGGACGUCAUCCUCCUUCGCCACUUCCCUGGUCGGCCGAACACCGAAGUUCCGUGGCAACAUAAGGUGA